AUGGCUCGAUCGUCUCGGCCCGGGCCCGCGGAAGUGCCAGAGUCAGCGCCGAAACGACGCGCCUCGACUCGUCUGUCCGCCCCGCAGGAGGUUAAAAGAGUCAAGUCCAAUGCGGCGUUGUCGGGCUCGGCGAAAUCCACUAGCAAGAAAAGCAAGUAUUUCGAACCCGAGAGCUCCGAUCCGGAGGACUCUAGUGACUCCGACGGUGGGGAUUCGGGCUCCGCUUAUGAGGAGAAAGAAUCGUCCUCACCGACUCCAGAGGUAGAAUUGGAAGCUUCCGACAGUGAGGAGGAGAUCCAGAGCAAGCGCAGGAAGCAGCCAAGUGGCGCGUCUCACUCUAGUAGCCUCAAAGGGAAGGAGCUGUGGCGCGAAGGCGUUCGCACCGGAUUAGGGCCCGGGAAGGAGGUUUUUAUCAGCAAGCCCAAGGCCCGAGAUGCUGGGGAUGUGCCCUAUGCAGAUGAGACACUGCAUCCCAACACGAAACUGUUUUUGCAGGAUCUGGCGGAGAACAACGAUCGCCAAUGGCUGAAAGCGCAUGAUCCCGAUUUCCGCGCGGCAAAGAAAGACUUUGAGACGUUUGUUGAGACGUUGAACGCAAAGGUCAGCGAGGUGGAUAGCACUGUCCCCGAGCUCCCCACGAAGGAUCUGAUUUUUCGCAUUCACCGGGACGUUCGGUUUAGCAAGAAUCCUCUUCCAUACAAGAUUCAUUUCUCUGCUGCAUGGUCUCGCACUGGCAAGAAAGGCCCAUAUGCAGCGUACUAUGUCCACUUCCAGCCUGGCGCGAGUUUCGUAGGUUGCGGCCUGUGGAACCCUGAGCCCGAUGCACUCGCAGCGCUUCGAGAGGACAUCGACGGGGAUGCGCAGCAAUGGAAGGAGGUGCUUCGAGCGCCCGCAAUGCGUCGGGAGUUUCUGAACGGAGUUUCUGAUGACGACGACGCGAUUGUGAAGGCAUUUGCCCAUCACAAUAGAGAAUCUGCACUCAAGACCAAGCCCAAGGGCUAUUCAGCAGACAAUAUCAAUAUCGAAUUACUACGUCUAAGAAGCUUCACGAUCGGACGACCCAUCAGUGACGUGGAAAUCAUGGCAGCGGAUGUGCAGGACCGGAUCGUCGCGCUGAUUGGGGUCAUGGAGCCCUUCGUGACGUAUCUCAACAGUGUGGUGAUGCCUGAUCAAUAG